GAGAUAAGAAGUGCAGAGCCCAGGACCCAGGGGCACGGGAUGGCCCCGCAGAGACCUGUGCGGCUGUCCCUGAAGAAGCCCACCUAUGCCGUGUGUGUGGUGGGGGUUGAGACGUCUGUGGACGUUUACAGUGAUGUGCCCAAGGGGGCCAAGACCUUCGGAGUCUCUGGGAGCCCCGGAGUGGAGGUUUUCAUGGUCUACGACCCAGCUCGGGUGACGGUGCCCACAGGCAAGUCCCACUGGCCCCUGGACACCAACGUGGAGGUGACCGUAUCCGUGGAUGCAGCCAGUAAGGACUUACAUGAUCUCAAGGUGAAGGUGUCUUACUUCGGGCAGCAUGAGGGCAGUGUCCUGGGCCACAGCAUGCUCUACCUCACUGGUGUCGACCUCUCCCUCGAUGUCGACACGCAUCGCACGGGCAAGGUGAAGAGGAGCCACGGCGACAAGAAAACCUGGCGCUGGGGCCCCGAGGGCUAUGGGGCUGUCCUGCUGGUGAACUGUGACCGGGACAGUGUCACAUCCAGAGGGCCUGACCUCACCAACAGCCAGCUAGCAUCACUGGACGACCUACAGGACAUGUCCCCCAUGGUACUGAGCUGUGACGGCCCAGACAGGCUCUUCGACAGCCACAAGCUGGUCCUGAAUGUGCCCUUCUUGGAUUCCAGAAGAGUGGGGGUCUUCUGUGCUAGGGGUGGGAAUUCUCUGGAGGACUACAAGCAGGUGCUGGGGCCUCAGCACCUGUCCUAUGAAGUUGAGCGGCAGCGGGGGGAGCGGAAGAUCAGCUUCUUUGUGGAGGGACUCACCUUCCCUGACGCUGAUUUCUUGGGGCUGGUCUCCCUCAGUGUCAGCCUGGUGGACACGGAGACCCUGCCUGAGGUGCCCCUCUUCACAGACACCGUGGCCUUCCGCAUGGCCCCGUGGAUCAUGACCCCCAACACCCAGCCGCCCCUGGAGCUGUAUGCAUGCAGCGUGGCAGACUCUCACGGCCCAAAUAAGAAAUUUCUGGAAGACAUGUCUGACCUAGCGUUGAAAACCAACUGCAAGCUGAUCAUCUGCCCUCGGAUUGAAAAUCGAAAUGACCGCUGGAUCCAGGACGAGAUGGAGUUUGGCUACACCGAGGCCCCUCACAAGUCUUUCCCGGUGGUCUUUGACUCUCCCCGAAACAGAGGUCUGAAGCAUUUCCCCUAUAAGCGGAUCCUGGGUCCUGACUUCGGAUAUGUAACCCGGGAGAUCCCGUUCGCUGGCGCCUCCAGCCUUGACUCUUUCGGCAACCUGGAUGUCAGCCCGCCCGUCAGAGUGGGCGGCAAGGAGUAUCCCCUGGGCCGGAUCCUCAUCGGCAGCAGCUUCCCCAAGUCCGGUGGGAGGCGAAUGGCCAAGGUCGUACGGGACUUCCUGCAGGCCCAGCAGGUGCAGGCGCCUGUGGAGCUCUACUCCGAUUGGCUCUCUGUGGGCCACGUGGAUGAGUUCCUGAGCUUUGUGCCCACCUCUGACCAAAAGGGCUUCCGGCUGCUCUUGGCGAGCCCCAGCGCUUGCCUCAGACUAUUCCAAGAGAAGAAAGAGGAGGGGUAUGGGGAGGCCGCCCAGUUUGAUGGGUUAAGUCACCAGGUGAAUAGAAGCAUUAAUGAGAUGCUGGCAGACCGUAGUCUCAGGAGGGACAGUCUCUAUGUACAGAAAUGCAUCGACUGGAACCGGGAGGUGCUGAAGCGGGAGCUGGGCCUGACCGAGCGGGACAUCGUGGACAUCCCCCAGCUCUUCUCCCUGAAGGGCUCCUAUGCAGAAGCCUUCUUCCCUGACAUGGUCAACAUGGUGGUCUUAGGCAAGCACCUGGGCAUCCCCAAGCCCUUCGGACCCAUCAUCAACGGCCACUGCUGCCUGGAGGAAGGUGCGGUCCCUGCUGGAGCCGCUGGCCUCCAAUGUAUCUUCAUCGACGACUAUUUGUCCUACCACAAGCUGCUUGGGGAGAUCCACUGUGGCACCAAUGUGCGCCGGAAGCCCUUCUCCUUCAAGUGGUGGCACAUGGUGCCCUGAGCCUGCCUCCACCCGCCGUCUCCUCUUCCCACCUGCCAGGGAGCCCCGCCAGGGUGAGGGCAAGGAACCUCCACCCGGCCUCCAUCCUCUUAGGGGAGCCUCGGGCGCUUCUUCCCGAGUGCCUGCAAACGUGCUGGCCACUGCAGGCCUGGGGAUACGGCGGUGGGCAUCACACACCCUCACCUCUGGAGUGGCCUCCCUGGCCCGAGGAGGAUUGUUUUCGUUCCUCCCUCCCUCUUCCUGACCCAACACUCCCAGAGGUUCUGGAAAAGGGCAAUGGUCUUAACCUAUUCACGGCCGGCCGUGCAUGGUCACGGCAGGCGCCCCACUUUGAGUAGCUUCCCCUCUCUUCUGAUAUUCCUUUCAUGUCGGCACCAGGAAUGGGACCCAGAGGGCCUGGGCUCCCGGGUCGGGGCCUGGGCCUAGGGAACCUGUGGUUCUCGGAAGAGCAGGAGCAGGGAGGUGAGGCACCCCCCUUUUCUCUACCAGCUGUCCUCUCCUGCAGGCGACCCUCAAGCGUGACCUCCUGGUACCCCUCCACAUUUAUAGAGGCAAAUAAGGAUAGGAAAACCCAGCAUCUGAGGGCCUGUUUUAAAAAGAAAAGGCAACAAAACCCCUUUAAUACCUGACUCCAUCCUCAGAAGGGUGCUUGUUACCUGGUUAGAAAGCCUUUAAUUAUGAGUACUGGCUGCUUCCGGCCCCCAAACGCUGUGAGGCCAGAGAGAGGCCUCAGGGGGGCACACAGAGGCAGGCUGGCAGGAGGCCAGGGUGGCGCAGGAAGCCGAGGCCUGAGGACGAGCCGUGAGGCUUGCCCUCCUUGUCCUAUGUCCCCACUUUGGAUUUUGGACUCUGGAUGCGAAGCGGGGGCUGGCCGUUCCAGAUGUCACAGGGGGCAGGGGCCCAGAUGUUAGGAGAGGGAGGGGGGGGGGCCAUUAGGUUAUCUCUGAAGGUGGGGUUUAAUUUCCUUUAAUUGUCUUUAAUUAUUCCCCUUGGCCCUGCAGGCAGUGGAAGGGAAGGCUCGCCCAGUCCCUCUCGGCAGCCUGGAGACCCUGCACGCAGCCUGGGUUUCCCCUGUAGAGUCAACCCCGUGCCAGGCCUAUCCCCCCCUGCCCCCCCCCUCCAGAGGGGAGAAGAGAGCUGCUGCAGGGGGCUGGGGGCUGGUUAAGGCUGGCCCCGGGGGAGGCCACCGGGAUGUGCACGGGCAGCAGGCUGGGCCAGUGCCGGGCGAGAGGUGGUCUCUGCCUCAGGCAGGCACGGGAACAAGGGAGCCAGCCUGCCCCCUCCCCGCCACUGCCUCUGGGGCCAUCCGGGUGGCUCUCAGCCGCGGGCCUCCACCAGCGGGGCUGUCAGUGGCCCCUGGUAAGGCGGCGACUGGGCCAGCCAGCCACUGUUAAACUCUGUGAGCCAUGGAACACUGAGCAGUCAGAAACUUCCACGGAAAACGGACAUCUGAAGCAGAUGAAACAGAACUGCUCUGGUUUAAGAUGGCGAGGGUUGUGUAUCUGGGCUCUCCUCUUUCAGAAGACUCUGAGGACCCCAUUUGCAAGCCCCUGGUCUAAACUUUGCACUUUCUGCUCAUAACUAUGACCCAGCCUAGACCGAGCCAAGGCGAGAAGGGAAGCUCUUCCGGGGCCAAGGGCCUGCAGCCGGUGUUGAGAUUCCCCAGGGAAA